AUGAUCUCUCUCGACGCUGUCGUGGUCAUGUUUGGCCAAUCUGUCAAGCUGGGUAUCUACGCCGUUGCUCUGGUUGAUAUUCCGAAUGCUAAGUCUCCUAUCAGAUUUGCUCACGUUGAGCUUGACAUUGGUGUUACAGUUAACUUUGACUACAGAACCAUGAAAGUGGAAGUCCAACUAUCGCCCAAGUCGUUCAUUCUGGACCCCAACUGCUAUCUCACAGGAGGUUUAGCGUCAUACUAUUGUUUCGACGCCACGCAUGCUGACAAGUCGCUCGUUAGCAGCUUCGUCUUCACCCUAGGAAACGAGACAGUCGGCAUGAAAGGAGCGCGCAUGAUCGCUGAGUGCGAAGGAAAGAUUUUGCCUGAAGAUCCCAGUCAAGGACAUACCUUCCUCGCCAACUCGGGAUUUCUGAACAAUAGUUCUUCUAGUUAUCGAAAGCAGAAUGAAGAGUGGGUUGUUCGUGCAGGAUCAUUCUCAUUCGUUGUUGGUUGCAAGAUGUCAGUCGAAGAUGCCAAGUAUUUUGAUGAAGAGAAGAAUGUAGUCAACUCGGUCUCUUCGAAGGGUCCUACCAUCUACGUUCGGCCAAUGCACCUCAAGGAGGCUAUGGCUAAGUCAGAUAUGAACAUUGUGAUGACUCAAGAUGGUAAUGCCCGUGCGAUAUGGGGCAUGACACAGGAGUACAAGCCGGUGCCAGCAGGUCUUUGGGCCAGACAUGAUGAGAGUCAGGAUCCUACCAAGAGCAAUGAAGGUAAAAGUAUCCACGAUUUGCUCGACAUUAACUCCGGCAGUUUGAAGCUUAUGAUGGGUAUCCUCAUGCAAGGCCCACCAGCUAAGAUGUCUGAAGAUAACCUCAAAACCUUCAAUAUCCUUGCUCAAGGGGAGAGUCCUUCAAGCGGAGAAGCCGUUUCCAGACACAGAAUCACCCGAAGAAGACUGGAAUCCCAGUAA